CUAAAAACAACAUUCAAAUCCUCUGAUUUUCCUCGCUCCUAGUUUGUGUGUCUUGCAUCUUUGUCUGUGUGCUCCUCCUCCUCUCCUCAGAUUAGUAAAAGGAGGCGUAGGGAUGAUGAUGGUGACCAGAAUGAAAACACCCUUUUACAUAUUUUUACCUUAGGAGGGCCGUAACGCUCCUACUGAUCUUUCAACCGGCUCCUUUUCCCUUUCAUCUGCUCUUCCUGGGGACCAUUUCUGUAUUAUAUACUCUCUCUCGCGCACGAGCACGCGCACACGCAUUUUUGUUUUUGUUCUAAAUUUCUGACUGACUGGCUCAUCAGAGCCUCAAGUUCCAUCUGGGUGUGCCCUCCAAUUAUAGAAUUUAUGCAGCGUGAAAUUGCAUGUCCUUCAUUCAUUUCUGUAUAAGCCUUUGCCUUUAUUGGCAGCGGUGGCCCUGUCGUUCUGUUUCUCAUUAAUUCGUUUGGUUCUAGGCUCCCCUCCUUGUUCUUGUCAAUCAAAAUAUAUAUUUUUUUCAUCCUUUACUUCUUGUUGGCGUAUUCUCUCUGGGUUUAGGGUUUUAGGGGCCUCUCCUCCCCCACAAACUUGACAUGCCCUUCUCAUAGCCAAAGCCAAAGCCAAAGCCAAAGCCAAAAAGCCAAGUAACUAAAAAGGCCAGAGACCAAACCAAUUCAAAGUCAGCCUCAGCUUUUCCAACCGACCCAAUUCAAAGUUCUCACGUGCAGAUUUGGAAUUCUUGCUUUCCCUAAAACUCAGAGCAAGCAGCAGUUUGGCUAUUCUGUCCUAACCUUGAAUUGUCCGCUCUUCGCCUCGCCUACUGCCGCCAUGUCUUCGUGCUUGAGCGGGGGCGGAAGGACGUAUCAGUUCGAUCUGGAAAUCAUCCAUAAGUCCCGUUGGAUAUCGGCUUCUCGAGCAUCGUCGUCGCCUCCUCCUUCUUCUUCUUCUUCGCCCGUUUCGACCCUUUCGGAAUCGAGCAAUUCUCCAAUCUCGAUCUCCACCACAAAAGCACGCACCCCAAGAAAACGGCCUAAUCAGAUUUACAACGAGGCGGCUGCUCUGCUCUCGACCGUCUACCCCACCAUAUUCUCCACUAAGUAUCUGGAAAAUCCCCGGAAAUUCUCCAAUUUCGAGGACUAUUUCUCCGACGAAUCCUCCGAUUUGCUGUUACCUCUUCCCGACGUCGAGACGGCCAGCUUCUUACUCCGUCAGCCGAUUCCGGCCAAACCAGAUCCCCGAAUCGAACCGAGGUACUCUCUACGGUUUCCUGAGAAUCAAUGCGGCAACAACCAAAGCAUAUCAAAGUCGCCCCAACUGGACGAUGAGCUCGACGAAGACGAGCUCGAUGCGGAGUCGAUCCUCGAUGAAGAGACCGGGGAAGGAAUCGACAGUAUCCUGGGGAAGCUGAGCGCGAGCGCCGCCGCCAGCGAUGAAGCCGCCGAAGCGGCGGCGGCGAGCUACGGGAUUCCGGUCGGGCUGGGGUUCGGGACGAGGAGGGGUAUCAGGCCGCUGAAGCGCGUCGACGAAGCGAGCUGGUGGAAUUUCUUCACCGUCGUCGACGUCGUCGAAAUCUCUCCAAAGCUCAACAACAGAGCAUCGGAUUCGAAUUCCGUCGAUAACAAGAAGAAGAAGAAUAACAAGAAGAAAGCCGCCAAGACACCGUCAGAACCCAAAACCCAAACGUCGUCGGCGGCGCCGGCGGCGGCGGCCGACGCAGCAGCGAGGGGGCGGCCGAAACCCGGCGGUUUGAUGCUAAAAUUGAACUACGACGGCGUGUUGGACGCUUGGUCCCGCCGCGGCCGGCCUUUUUCCGGCGAGAGGCCCGUCCCCGACGUACCGGUCGAGCUAGCAGAUUUCGAUUCAUUUCUGAAUAAUGGAAUAGAGAGGGAAGGCACGGGGUCACGCUAUAAGGAAAAGCGUCACACGCGCCUCUUCUCCAAAAAGACCGAGUAUCAAGUCAAGAAAGCACCCGCCUAUGAAAGGCCUAGGGUCAAGGGGCGUUUUGUGAGAAGGCCAGAUUCAUGCUGUAGCGACCCGAAAUGAUGAACUAACUCCAAUUUGGCUGAGAAUCAUCCACAGUUUCGGGGCCCUCUUCACAUCCCCAUAUAAUUCUCUUUUUCCUGUGGUUGUCAUCGAGGGGUUGGACUAACGUUCGUUGAGUUAAAAAGAGACACAAAUUCGUUGGUCGAGCAAUUUCAUUUUUGAAGUUCGUCAUGUUUCUUGAUGUCCCUA